GUCAAACCAGCAAAUAAACCAUAAGCCAUAUCUCAACCUAAGCCAGGCGAAAAUGUCGAAGAUCAAUGUCGUCGUACUUGUGGCCGUGUCCGUUCUGCUGGGAGUCCAGGCUCGUCCCUCCGAUACCCCGGAUGCCCAUGCCGAGAUCCGGAGCUUUGUGAAUGAGCUGAAGCAGGACGAUGGCAGCUACAACUACCAGUUCGAGACGUCCAACGGAAUUGCCCAGCAGGAGCAGGGAGUGGGUGGCUACUACGCCAGCGGCUCAUCCCAGUACUACACCCCCGAGGGCCAGCUCAUCCAGCUGACCUACACGGCCGAUGAGAACGGAUUCCAGCCGCAGGGCGAGCACCUGCCCACGCCCCACCCCAUUCCAGAGGCCAUCCUGAAGUCGCUGGAGUACAACCGCCAGCACCCGGAGGAGGAUAACGAGGGUUAUGAGGGGCACCAUGACCACCAUGAGCACCAUGAGCACCAUGACCACCAUGACCACCAUGGACAUGGUCAGGGGCAGGGCGGCAAUCAGUAUCUCCAGCCAGCCGGAGCUCUGCUGGCGCCCGCCGCCUCGCCAGUGGUGUCCGUGGGUCAGGUCCUGCCCUACGACAGGAAGGUAUAGAAGGUCUGCAGCAGCCAUAGUAUCCAUAGCAUCCGUAUCAGCAUCCAUCUUGUCCAGCUGCCUCAUGUUUUUGGGUGACUGUUUGCAUAGUCAAACCAUCCAACAUCCAGCAUCCAGCACACAGGGCCCAUCAACCAGCGGAAAGAACAUCGAAGUGACUACAUCUGGAGGCGGUGGCACACCCACUCACACACUGUAUAUAUAGACCCUCAUACAUUUACAUCAACAUGCUCCCGGGCUGCUCGGAGGUCCUUCGCCCUCUGAAC